AUGACGCAAGAAGCAUCAACCAAGCACGACAAUCCCAACUGGCACAGCAGCGGACCAACGAAACCGUACGAUCUGCUAUUUCGCUUGGACCUGCCCAACAUCCAGACACACAAGCCUCCAUUCCGGGUUCAAUCUCGCCCGACUCAGGACCAAACCACCAUCAUGGCCACGAUCAAGGAGAUCACCAGCUACUCCGAGUGGGAUGCCCACCUGGCAUCCCUCCCUCCGACCACACUGCUCAUCGUCUCCUUCCACGCCCCGUGGGCUGCGCCAUGCGCCCAGAUGGCCACCGUCCUCAGCACCCUCGCCUCCGAAUACCCCGCCGACGGCUCGACCUCGUGGGUCUCCCUGAACGCAGAGGAGCUCUCCGACAUCAGCGAGAAGUACGACGUCACGGCAGUCCCCUUCCUCGUCCUCUCCAAGAACGCCAAGGUCCUCGAGACCGUCAGCGGCAGCAGCGCGGUCAAGGUGCGGAACGCCAUCGAGGCACACGCCGGCAAGCCCGGCGCCACAGCCGCCACCACGAACGGUGCCUCAGCGGGCGGCGCAGCAGCCGUGGACGAGCCCGCGGAGACAGACCCGGCAAAGGCGAAGGAGGAGCUCAACAAGAGGCUGGAGGAGCUGGUCAAGGCGGCUCCCGUCAUGCUGUUCAUGAAGGGCACCCCGAGCGGGCCGCAGUGCGGCUUUUCCAGGCAGAUGGUGGCGCUGCUGCGGGAGAACUCGGUCAAGUACGGUUUCUUCAACAUCCUGGCGGACGAUGAAGUACGGCAGGGCCUGAAGGAGUUCGCGGACUGGCCCACGUACCCGCAACUGUGGAUCGAGGGAGAGCUGGUGGGCGGUCUGGAUAUUGUCAAGGAGGAAAUCGAGAACAACGCGGACUAUCUCAAACCGUACAGCGUCAAAGGCAACGGCGAGUGA